GCUGCCUGCUUCGGCACCCAUCUGGGCUUCGGCUGCGAGCCAGAAAACUUCCCGGCCCGCGGGGACUUUGCCGACGCCAAGAUCCACAACCUCCCUCCUCCAUUAAUGCCGGAGUUCGACACCUCCUUGGCCCAGCCUGAAGUCCUGCCGGGUUUGAUGAGCUCUGCCGAGCUCCUCCAUCCUCACCCCUCGCCCUCUGUCCCCCCUACGGACUUUUUGGGCCACCCCACCUCUUCUUCCAUCCCUUCCCUGCUGCCCACCAACCCUCCUGCCUUGGCCGAGCCCAAGAAGAAGACCCGCCGGACCAAAUGUUCUUCCAAAUGCUUUUGCCCGAAACCCCACGAGAAAGCUUUCGCCUGCCCGGUGGAGAACUGCAUCCGGAGCUUCGCCCGCUCGGAUGCACUCAACCGGCACCUCCGCAUCCACACGGGCCACAAACCCUUCCAGUGCCGCAUCUGCCUGAGGAACUUCAGCCGCAGCGACCACCUCACCACCCACAUCCGCACCCACACCGGCGAGAAACCCUUCUCCUGCGACACCUGCGGCCGCCGCUUCGCCAGGAGCGACGAGAAGAAGCGGCACAGCAAGGUCCACCUGAAGCAGAAAGCUCGGACGGAGGAGAAGCUCAAAGGUUUGGGCUUCUUCUCGGUGGGUCUCUCCUUCGGGACACUGUGA